AUGUCUUAUGAAAAACGUGAAACUUAUGUCAUGGAGAAGUUCAACUGUAAAAUGAAAGCUCGGAAAAAGUCCCAUGGAUACACAAAACACUUAGAUGAGAAACUUGUGCAAGUGUUUCAACAUCAUAUACAGCAUACCUUCAUCGAUAUCGUUGAAGAUCGAAGAACGACCACAAUUUUUGUAGAUAACUUUUAUGAUAUUUGUUGUUGUUCAAUAGGUUUUCAUGUCUUAAACAUCUGUGAAGCGCUUAAAAGUCAGAGGGUGGGUUGUCUUUGA